GUGCAACAGGUAAGCUGAGCUUUUCUCUCUUGUCUUACCUGAUUCAUCUGAGGACCACCAUCAUGGCUCCGACUUUCCUUUUUCUCAUCAUCCUCUCACUGACGGCCGUUCGUCCGGGUGCAACCGACGAAAAAGCAGAACUUUCUGAAGAAGACCCCUCUGAAAUAAUCGCAAAGGCUAAUGAAGGCAUCUCGACAAAACUGGUGCAUGGUGACAUUAUGCCAAACCUGGACAGGAAUGCAGUCCCCUGCACCAGCAGAGGCUGCAAGUGGCCUAAAUAUGGACGCUACGUCUACGUGCCCGUCUAUAUCUCCACUAGAUACACCAGGUCAGAGCGCAGCACCAUCAUUAGAGCCCUGCUGACCUUCCACUCUACCACCUGCAUCCGCUUUGUCUGGAAGCGAUGGUGGCAUCGUAAUUACCUCUACUUCUACUCUGGAUCUGGAUGCUGGUCUUCCCUCGGUCGUCAGAGCCGAGGACAGCUGGUUUCCCUGAGGAAAAACGGCUGUGUGUACACGGGCACAGUGCAGCACGAGGUUCUCCACGCCCUGGGAUUCCACCACGAGCACGUUCGCUCCGACAGAGACAGCUACGUCAGAAUCCUCACAGACAACAUUCAGUCAGGAAGAGAACACAACUUCAGGAAGGUGGCCACUAACAACUUGGGUACUCCCUACGACUUCAAAUCUGUCAUGCAUUACAGCCAAUACGCCUUCUCCAAAAACGGAAAGCCAACCAUCGUCUCCAGGAGCAAUCCUAGUCUUUACAUCGGACGCAACUAUGCGAUGAGUUACAAUGACAUUCAGCGUGUCAAACGGCUUUACCAGUGCUAAAUUCAAUGACGGAAGGGAGCAGUCGACCUCCAGAUCCAGUCUUGGCCCGUCAUGAUUACACCUAAGCUACAGAAACUUGUCUUGAAUAUAGAAAUGUGCUAAUGCGAUGUUGAGAUCUGAAGUGCUGCCCGUCUUAUAGAGAUUUGCAGCUUGCCAGAGAAGCUCACGAAGGUUGUGAGAAAUACAUUUUUGUGUCGGGACUUAGUGGAACAGCUUUGUUUCAGACAGGCCAAUCUGCAGGGUCACCUGCUGGAGGUCACUGAUGUUACAUCUCUUGCUGCUCAAGUUGAAUUAGUAACCUUUAAAGGGAUUGUUCAGCCUUUUUUUUUGUUUGUUUGUUUUUGCUUCAAAUCAUUUACUAACCUCUGAAAUAUAAACUUUAUGUUUAAAUUUUACUGAAAGGGCUCACAGAGAGAAAAUACUAAAAGUUAAAGUAAGCAUUACCCUGAAUAUCCCUUAAGGAGACAUUACAGAUUACAAAAUGAAGGUUUGGGAUGGAAAUUCUAAUUUCAACUAAGUGCAAAUCAGUGUUGUUGAGUUGAAAUAGUAGUAUGAAAUAAAAAUAAAAACAGUACCAUAUGUACUACUGAGUUUGCUUUUCCACAUGUGGUUCAGGUUUGAUAGGAUCCAAUAGCAAUAUGUUGAUUAAUGUUUAACAAUUAAUUAUCAGGACAACUUGGGCCAAACAUAUUAUCAUAUAUUUUGUUUGCUUUCCUUUGGUUUGGGUGUUACUUUUGCUUUUCCUGCAUAUCUUUCCAUAAUCAAGAACUUAUUGUGUUCAUUUCUUCAAUGGAGUGAGACGUUUGUUCAAUAAAAUCAACCAAAACAAAUAAAA